AUGGCAAGCGUUCUGUUACGGGCAACCAGGACGUGUCGACCAUGGACCGGUCGUAGCCUUGUCUUACAGCGGAAUAUCCACAGCAGUCUGCCUGUCUACAAGAAGAAGCAAAAGGUCCUCAUCGACGACCUCUUCGCCGAGGACGACGCAGACGCAUCCAAGGACGGCGACCUUUUCUCCUCCUCCUCCUCCCCCGCCAGCUCCCCCGCCCCCGCUCCCACCUCCCCCAGAGCCUCCACCUCCACCCGCAAGCGCAAGCUCUCCCCCGAGGAACGCCUGCAGCGCUUCAACAACCUGCGGCAGUGGGUCUCCGACCGCAUCGGCAAGCACCCGCCCGCGGGCAAGUUCCCGGAGCAGGUGCGCAACAGCGCGUGGGUGCACCUCCUCGGGCUCGCGACGACGCCCGAGCAGGUGCGCGAGGUCGUCGCGCUCUUCCCGCGCUGGGUCGAGGGCGGGCGGGUCUUCUCGCCCAGGAUCGCUGAGGCGUUCAUCCGCCGCUGCGAAGAGCUCCACUGCCCGCUCAUCGCCCUCGAGGUCUUCUCCGACUACCAAAAGCACUCCCUCAGCCUCCCCGCCGCGCCCGCGUCUCAGCGCGCGGUGCACCAGUUCCUGCACUCCCUGCAGCAGGAGCACCCCGUGGCGAAGGUCGUGCAGGCCGCGGCGCUCUUCGGGCCGUACAAGCUCCCGCCCGUCACGUCCGACCUCGUCUCGUGCGCGAUGCUCACUUCGGCGUGUCUGCGCGACGCGCGGCGGCACCAGCUGGAGAUGCAGAAGCAGUCCUCCCCCUCGUCCUCCGCGGAUAAGGAGAACCCGGAGCUGGUUGAGCAGAAGGGGAAGACGAAGACGAGACCCCCGCCGAGCCUCGUGGUCGCGCUGACCCUCGUGCCCGCGCUGCAGCGCCUCGUCACCGGCGCGCCGCCCCUCCCCGUGCCGGAGAACAAGCUCGAGAAGGAAAGAGCGAAGGAGCGCGUGUGGUUGAAGUGGGCGCUGGCGAGGGUCGAGCAUUACCUGCCAAGGCUGACGCGGGGGACGACGUGGGAGGGCGUGCAGCCGGUGAGUGUGGACUGGCUGGCGGAGUGGAGGGCGAGGAGCGGGCAUGCGCAGGGCGGUGCUGCUGCUGCUGCGUAG